AUGGACUUCGACUAUAUCAUUAUGGAGAACGACUACGUUGAGGUGGAGAAGAGAGGCGACAGUUCUCGAGCACGCCGUUCCGACGCAACGGCGCCGACCAUGCGCGACCCAUCCUCUUCGCCUCCCCCGCUGCGAUGGCGAAUGAACUAUUUUCCAGGCCCCUGGCUCUCCUCUCCGACCCAUGGCUGUCACUGGUUACAGAUUGAGUUCUCCGCCGAUGAUCCUCACUUUGCCCUUUUUCGGCGUAUUCUCGAGUUUGGGCCACCCUUUUUCGCCCUCUUCCUCUUCGUCUGCUCGCCACAUCGUAGCCAGUAA